AGAAAGAGAGAGAGAGAGUGAGAGAGAUGUGGGAUUACAUCACUGCCCGCGUGGAUAUAUCGGUGGAGCCAAAGGAGGCUCCGUGUGGCCACAGGGAACAGUUCGUGCGUCGGUGAGGAGCCAUGCAUAGAAGGCUGGUUGAGUCGCUCUUACUCCACCUGGACUCGGACCUGAUCAGGACCAGUACCCAAGCCCCGAGGAGAUGCAGCCAGACCAGACCAGACCACACUUCUGAAGCUGAUGUCCAAAAAAUGUCACUGAAUUGAUUAAUUUGUCACUCUGGUGGGCUCGUGGACUCGUCUUGCACCUGUGACGUCUCUGCCUGGACCUAUGUCCUAAACCUUUAUCUGGGCAGUCAAACAUUCCACUGACCACGCACAUCGACGUCCCACUCCUCGACUGCAGUCUCUGGUUGCCAUGGUGAACAGCCAACGACCUAGAGGAACUUUCUGAUAAACUUUUGGACUGCACAGAGCGCGAAAAUCACCUGGGGGAAGCGCUUGCGUCUGUUCAAACUGUAUGGGUUGGAAAUACUGCACGAGGUGACCUUCACAAUCCCCGGGACGAACACACGGAUGCUCUCAUAUCUCCUUUGAGGAUUCUAUUAUUCAUCCCUCUCUCACCUGGAACUAUCUAUUUUACCCUCGUGGAACUACAUCAAUUUGAUCUGUCCUGGAACUAACCUCUAUCAAGACGAUGGAUAGCUCCUACUCUCUUCUCGCCUUGGCUCUGCUGGUGUUGUCUCUUGGGUUCGGGAUAGAGGAGGGCAUGUGUCAGCACUACUUCCUCCUCCGGCCCAUUCCAAGCACCAACCUACCCAUAGUGCCGCUAAAGGAGGACCCGGACCCAGUUCUAGACCCAAAGGAGAGGGACCUGAACGAGACGGAACUCCGCUCCACUCUAGGGAGCCAUUAUGAUCCCUUGUUCAUGUCCAUCACCCCGCCAGAGGACAAAUACGUUGGGGAGGAAGACCAGGUUGACUGGGACCUGAGACAGAAACCGUCCGGAGCCAUGCCCAAAGAGUUCAAGGCAAUUGAGUUUGAAGUCCAGCACGGCAAGAGACAGAAGCCCAGUAAGAAACUCCGCAGACGGCUGCAGCUGUGGCUGUGGUCCUACGCCUUCUGUCCGGUAGUUUACUCAUGGAACGACCUUGGGCCCCGGUUCUGGCCACGCUGGGUGAAAGGGGGUAAAUGCUACAAUAAGCGCUCUUGUUCAGUCCCUGAAGGGAUGGUCUGCAAACCUGCCAAAUCGGCCCAUUUUACGAUCUUACGAUGGCGCUGCUUGCAGAAAAAGGGGGACUUGAAGUGCUCAUGGAUACUCGUUCAGUAUCCCAUUAUAUCAGAGUGCAAGUGUUCUUGUCCGAACUGAAUAGAACUGAAAACUAACUUUUGAAAUCAUUAUGUUGAAAUAAAUCAUAGCUCCAUGAUUAUUUUUAUAUGCACUGCCAAGUGUAAGAAGAAUGUAUAUUUUAUGUAUAUAUGUGGUGCCAUUUUAAGACAAACUUUUAAGACGAUGUAAAAAGGUCAGUAUUAUUACUAUAACUAAAGGUCUACUGUAUUUGUUUGUUGAUGUAUCUUGAUAUUUAUAUUAUGAGCAGUUCGUACUGCAAAUCAUUUGACAUACUGUUUGCCUACUGUUACUGAAGGAUUUACAAGCUGUUUUCUAAUUCUUCUGGAUCUUUCUGAGGUUCUGUACAUACAGGGAAAGGGAAACGUGGUGCAAUCACCAUGGACAUGAAGCUGGCCUAUUUAUUAUUUAGACCCAUGUAGUCAUUGUCAAUAAAACCACUCAAAUGGCA